GAUUAAUUACCAAAUCUGUUUUAGAGCACUUCCCAUACUUGAAAUUCCGAAAUAGUUUUAAGGGAAUUGAUAAUUAUAAUUUUGCAUUACCUCAGCCAUGGGACUCGCCUUGCCCUAUUUGUAAUAGAAAACAUGGAAUUGUGGAUUACAUGGCCAUAUUGGUACCGCAAAAAUGGGAAUCAGUUCCUUUAUGA